AUGAUGAAGCGACACGGUGUGCAUUCUCGGACUUUCCAAGCAAUACCAGAGCCACCCCAAAGCUGUGCUCAAUAUUUUCGUGCUGUGGAGCAUUACAACGUGUCAUCGGAUGGUCCAGCCACGUACUCACUAUUUGGGUGGUACGGAGCUCUAGCCUUUCACUUGUGUAACCCGCGGGGUUUUUUCGACAAAUCAGAUGCUGGGCUUUAUAACCCCAAGACUCUCGGCGCAGGCCCCAUACCUACCAGAUGCCCACCUAUAUCAAAGAUAAUCGGUGAUUGUGCUGACCAUGCACUGAAGGGGUCUGUCAACCCGCUGGCACAAGAUGCACGUCUCACAGAGGAAAUUAGUUACGGACAAACUGGUUGUAAUCAGUUUAUUGUCGGCUGGGGACAGGACUCGCUGAGCCCCAGCGGGGCCUAUCCACCCAGUAUACACGGGUACCGCAGUCUGCUCAUUAAUUGGUUUCCGCGCUACAUCAAGCAUUUAAGCCCACUCUAUUCAACGCCGACUAAUCACGUCAAGCCUAUGGAGAGUGUUUCAUCCUCAGAGAGGGCGCUCAUCUUAGUCAUGGCAGACUGCACAUAUGAAAUGCUGACGCUUACUUCGCAGUAUCACCAACUCCACUUUUUGCCUGACCGGUUGCUAGACUUCGUUUCUCCGGGGAGAAAUAUGAACUCUUCUCCUAACAUUCAUUAUGCACCUUUUAAGCUUAGUGAAGCUGGCCUUAUUGAGCCCAGAUAUACCCUUGAAGGGUUUUCUGUUGUCGAAGGGAAGGGUUAUUUCCCUUCUCGGAUAGAUGGUGUGAAACAUUGGAAAGGUGUAGACUUUCCCGUCAAACCAUCCCGGCGUCAAUUCUUGAAUAAUUUUAGUGGUAAAAGAUGGAGAGCACGAUUUGGCGGUUGGGGAGCGCUGCACGCUUUGGUGACCAUCGAAACCAUCGAGGAAGUGCCCUUGGAGAAGAAAUUCAAGAUCGAGAAGCCACAUGCGACACGAUUGUAUCAAUGCAUAUUGAUCAGCCUAACAGAAAAUUCGACGCGCUGCAGCGUUUUCGCCUCUUCCUUCGUUACAUUCACGCGUAGUAGCGAAUUUUUAUUCAAAGUUUCGAAUGACCAUUGUCACCAUAUCGCACCACUAGACAUUCGUGGCUGCAAGUGGUGUGCUAUCCGAGGAGACGCUAGGCGCAUUGUCAGCGCCGGCGUGGUCUAUCCAUAUCCUUUCGGCCAUGCCAUAUUCACCGUAAGAGUAGCCCCGGCAAAAAGCUUGGUUAUUUGUUAUUGGUGCAAAAGGAAUAUCAGUAUGAUACGGCUGGCGCGUCUCCAGUCUGCCUUACGAGGCACCAACCCCUCUAUGGAAGAUAACCCGAAAAACCAUGAAAUCCUAAGAAAGAAUUUAUGCAAUUACUGCCGAGAGGAAUUGAGAACGGAUCUCGACGGAGAUAAAACGAUUGAGAAUCUGCCUUGUGAGGCGUUUUCAGCUGGAGUCUUGUCAGUACUUGACUGGCUACUGAUCCCUCUUUAUUACGCCAUUCCACGUUUUGGAUGCAAUGAAGAUCAAUUGAAGCCGAAAGGUACGAAGCCAACCUAUAAGGGUUCCUCUAUUUAUGUGGACCGUAUGAGCGUGAUGACUAUUUUGCAGAGAACCUGGGUUACUCAGCCCGCUGAACAAAUUUUCAACAGAAGGAAAUUGGAAUACGUUUUACGUCGUGUGAAAGCAUACGUUAUACAAGCAAAGGGGAAAUUCAUCGGAAAGGAUGAAGUGAGAUACAGUGUAGAACAGCCUAUUACCCGGGGUUGA